GUGUGUGUUGCUGUAUUGGGUGGUUGGCGGUGAAAUAAAUCGCCACCGCUUUCGCUGCUCUUCGCGCGCGCGUGUGUGCACAAACAGCAGCAAGAAGAAGAGAGAAGAGAGACGGGAAUCAAGGACAGGACUUUGGAGAUCACGGACUGCAACGGGCAAGCAAGCAAGUGAGCCAGUGAGCAGGCGAGCUCGCACGCAAGGUCGCGCCCGUGCUUACCAAUCACCAUGCACGUGUUUAGGAGCAAGGACGAGCUUGAAGCAGAGGCCGCAGAGUUUGGGAGCAUCAGCAAGUUUGGCGAUCAUGUCGCGGCACCACUCCAGAGCACAGUCGUCUUUGCAGACUGCAAGCACGUGCACAUCGCCGAGCUGCCGCCAGUGCCAUCUCUCGAGCCUCUGCACACGUAUUCCCCAGAAGGCAUCCAUGCAUACCCGCACUCACUAGGCCCACUGCCUGUAUGGACUCCCGCGCACCACAAAAGGCCACAGCAACACUUCGUCAACAUCAAGUCUGUGGAUGCCAAGCGCUAUGGCAGCGACACCAGCAGCUACCUGCUCGCGUCAUCCGACACAACCUUUGACAUUGUGCUGUCGUGGGAGGCGGUGACACCACCCAGCGAGCGUAGCACUGAUACCAGCGAGCAAGACAGGCAAGACGAGUCACGCGUGUUGAGAAUCGACGCAGGCCGCUCGUUUGAGGGCAGGGCGCUCCCGUCAGCGUACUCGCGAACUCGCCUCCACCCCACUCAGGAGGGGCACCUCGCGUACAUCCGCAUGUGGACCAACUCGAUCCACUUGCUCGACCAGGACAAAGAGGUUCGAAUGUUCAAAGCAACACGAGCGCCGCGUGCACUUGCAUAUGUGCAGGUUGGCCCUGAGGACACCACGCUGUUGGCUGUCACUGAAGGUGGCAUGAUCAGCGCCUGGGAUGCCCGCUCGCCAAAGCCCGUCAUGCGGGAGCAAUAUUCGGCGUCGUGUCUACUCGCCCUCGCUGGGCAGGACGGCAUGCUCACGUGUGCAGGGCUGGACCGGUCUGUUGAUGGCAUUGAUCCACGUACGUGGCACGUGUGUGGCGCGUGGAAGUCGGCCCUCAAGUACGACGUGGGCAUGGUGAGCAUGUCGCCGCGCACGCCGGGCGUCUGCUGCGCUGCUUCUGGCGGCGACUCGGAGAUUGCCUGGGGCACGUGGAUGACCAAGAACAAGCACAAGCACAAGACGUCUCGGCUGACGUCGGACUGCGUGUUCCGCGCAGACGCGCGCUGGUGCGGCAUUUCCCAUCUCCCAGACUCCGACGACGUGGUGGGCAUGACGACAACGGGGCACGCGUAUGUGUUUCGCAACACGGUGCCGAGCGAAGAAGGGGAGCAACAGCAAGGGCAGGCGCAGCAAGACCUUCAGCAACAAGCGCAACAGCCGCAGGAACAGAAGAGGAAGGAGGCACAGAGGCGCAGCAGCCACGGUGGCAGCGAUGAUGGCAAGCUUCCAGCCAAGAAACCAAAGGAGGAGGAACAAGCGUAACAUCACACCACGCUGAAACACCAUCCAUGACACAGGUGUUGCUUCCUCUCGACAACUUGCAUUCCAUGUCACUCGUUGCCCUUGCAGUUUGUGAAGUUUCGUAGGCUUUCGUGACGCAUGCUCCAGCCAUCCCUUCUGUCCCCACCCCUCGCCCUCUCUCUUGCUUGCAUUAGCGCGUUCGCUGGAAAUGUAAGGUGACGAUGAUGCGUUUAAUCAACGGCAGCAACAAAACCCAUCUCCCCACUCGUGCCUCAAGAGCCACAACCACCGCGCAAUAAAAGAGUGUGCGAGCCAACAAA